AUGGCCACCUCAAUUACACCACCUGCCCUACGGCGCGGCGAUACCAUCGCCUUUGUUGCACCCUCUGCCCGCAUCAACCAUAUCUUCCCUCUGCGCAUUGCCCGUGCCCGCGCAUUCCUCGAAGGCCAGGGCUUUAAAGUACGCGAGAUAUACAGUCAUGAAAUUCCUACAGAUUCCUUCAGAGCAGCAGUCAAGACUCGCGUGGAAGAAAUACACGACGCCUUCCGAGACGAUGCGGUCAAGGCGAUUGUUUGCGCCAUCGGCGGACUGACUGCGAAUGAAAUCAUACCGCACCUUGACUACGAGUUGAUUCGCUCAAAGCCCAAAAUUUUCAUUGGAAGUUCUGACAUUACUCUGCUGCAUUACGCGCUGUUUGCUGGUGCCGAACUACGCACAUUCUAUGGACCGUCUGCCAUCACUCAGUUGGGCGAGUUCCCCAACCCUCUGGAGUUUACAUGGGAUCAUUUCACGAGGGUCCUACUUGCAGAUGCAGAGUCAGCUGCCUCCGAGCCAGUUGGAAAGUUGCCCAGAGCAGCCGCGUACACGGAUGAGUUUCUAGAUUGGUCCAGCGAACCGGAUAACCUGCGUGCACGGAAAACAGAGCCCUCCCAGGGCUGGAAGUGGCUUCGUCCUGGCCAUGCUGAGGGCCGCAUCUUUGGAGGCUGCUUGCCCAGUCUUUUGCAGCUCUUCGGCACUCCCUGGCAAGUCUCGUACAAGGGCCGCAUCCUGCUGCUCGAACUUCCUGAGGGAAUGGAGCCGAGUAGCCCCUGGCCGUUGGAGCUGGUGCGCUGGAACUUGGCUGACCUUGGAACUCGGGGCGUCUGGGAUGACAUUACGGGUUUGGUGCUCGGUAGGCCGUAUAGACACACGGCUGAACAGACGGCUGAGUGGGAGAAGAUGGUGCUUGAGCUUACGGAGGGUUAUGAGUUUCCGAUAUUGGCGGGCGUGGAUGUGGGACAUACGGAUCCGAUGCUGACGGUGCCGCUGGAUGCACUGUGUACGCUGGAUAGUGAGAGGGAUGAAUGGGUUAUUCUGGAAAGGGGGGUUACGGGUUGA